CUGGGGCGGCGGGGGGCUCCCGGGCUGCGACUGGCCUCAGCCGGCCCGAGACCCGCCCCCGGGCCGGGGGGGGUCAGCGGCCGCCCGCGAGGCCCCGCCCCGGUUUUUAAUUGACGGGGGUGCUCGGCCGCCGAGUUGGCCGGCAGCGGCUGGGGGCGGGUGGGGGGCGCCAUCUUGCAGCCCGCACUGCCCCGCCCGUCGCGGUCACGCCCCGCCCGGACGCGCGGCCGGAGCCCUGGGCGUGGCCGCCCUGCCCUACCGGGCCCCUGGGCGCGGCCGCCCUGCCCUACCGGGCCCGGCCUGUUGAUUCUCCCCCCCCCCGUGGCGGGCCUGGAGCCUCCGCCACAGCGCUGCGCGGGCCGGUGGGGGGGGGCGGAGCAAAGCUUCCAAGCGCUUCAGCGUCACAGCGCGGGGCCAGCCGGAGCCCGAGCCCCGGGGAGGCUGCAGGAGGCCCCUGAGAAAGAAGCGGGACGUGAACCGGGCCGCGGGCCGAGGACAAAGGGCUGAGCACUGAGGAAGGGUGAUGGGGCACCGUAAAGGCGGGGUCAGGUAACUAGCGGCGGGCGCCCAGGCCCCUGGGGCGGGGCAGGGGUGCCCUCGCGCGCCAUCCGCCUUGAAGAAGAGUCCAGGGUAACGCCGAAGCUUGUGUCCGUCCCCAACACCCGUUGGUCCAAGGAAUGAGAGUCCCUCAGCCGCCUUGGGUCUCUGCUGUCACCCUCCUACACGCUUUACAGGAGUUUAAGGCCAAGCACCUGCCUCAGCCCCACCCCUUGUGCUCUACCUACAGGUUUCUGAACUGCCUGGGCACAAUUUUCUCCUUCAUUUCUAAAGAUGCAGUGACCAAAAUAGAAAUAAUAGAGAAUUACCGUAAUAGUGACCAGCGAGAAAAGUACUUGACCGUUCAAUCCAUGGUGGAGUAUGAGUUGGCUAAUGGCCUGGUUGAUCUCCAAAAGCGAUCUGACUCAGGCUGCAGAACCUUGUUGCGCCUCCACCGAGCCCUUCACUGGCUGCAGAUGUUCUUGGAAGGACUGAGGACUGGCAAGGACAACUCCAAAACCUCUGUGAUCUGCUCAGAAACAUACAAUGCUUCCUUGGCUAACUAUCAUCCCUGGAUUAUUCGCAAGGCUGCUGGGGUGGCUUUUUGUGCCUUACCCACUCGAAAUACAUUCCUUGAAACCAUGAAUGUGGGCACAGCUGAAGAGGCUGUGGCUAUGCUGGGGGAUGCUUUGCCCUAUAUCUGUGAAGUCUAUAAAAUCACAGAGGAGCUCUAUGCCCAACACAAACUGCUUGACCUCCCCUAGUGUAGGGGAUGUUUGAUUAGAAUAUCUCGCUAUUGUAAUUGCUGAAAGAGUUCACUGUAUUGGGGGGGGGGGCACUCAUGUAAAUAAGUGGUUAUUUGCACUAAAGACUGGAUUCUCUUCCUCCCUCUCCCCCUACCCUGCCAUCUCCAAUAGGUCUCUAGUAGAGCCCAUAAAUAAUUUGAUUGAUACUCUUUGGCCUUUUAAAAGAGAGCUGACUUAAUUCUUGGCUCCCCUUUUAUUAGAAGAAAUUUGGAAUAAAAACAUUCCAAAGCCCAUGUUAGCUUGUUUAAACUUAAAGGAUUUAUCUCUCUCCUCUGCACUGAAUUCCUUUUUCAAAACUUUAUCAGGUCUUUAUUUGUAAAAGCCAAACAAAGCCCCCAGCCACAAGCGAUCACUUAAUCUUUGUAGCUCCAAUGCCUUUAAACAAAAGUAGUGAGGAAUCUCCCUUUGUCCCACUCAUGGGAUAAUGCUAAAAUUCAGCUAAACUAGGGUCGGAACCUCUCGCUGUGGUAUUAUAGGGCCUGUGUACAGAUGACACUCAUUGCCAUUCAACCACUUGUUCUCUGUUUAGGUUAACAAGGUGAUGUGUGUUACAGGGCCUGGAAUUUUGGUUUUGCUGCACUGCAAUGCAGGACCCUUGAAAUUAUGCUGCUUUCUUACAACAGAGUGAGCAAUUGAUUGCAGACCAUCUUCAUGGCAGCUGGUCAUCACUUGCACUGGAUAACACUUCCUGCCCAGUCUUCUCCCACUCAUCCUCACAAAAACUAAAUGGUGUGGAGGUGUGGUAUAAGGAUAUGUUCCCCCUCCCCCAUUUUUGUGUGGUGCUGUUGAGACAGGAAGACCCUUUGUUAUUUUCUCCCUCUUCCCCUGCCCUCCCCCAAGUUUUGCUGCUUGGCAUCGUGCCUUUUGGGGGUGGGAAAUAAUCUUGAGUGCAGACUGCACAGUACUGAAUCACAGAAUAAUUCAGAGCUUUAUGGAAGUUGAGGCUACAGGUACAGAAACUACCCACAGAGUAGACUUUAGGAAAUAAAAGGAAUGCUGAAAGCCUAGAGAAAUGAAGUCCUGCUGGCUGGGUGGGGUAAUUAUGAUUUGUGCUAUACAUAAAAUCAGUGUUUGCUGAAGCUUAAUGCCUUCCAGUCCAAAUCAAUCAUAAGCUUUAAAAGGAGGGUAAAUCUUCAUGCAAGUGGUAAGUGUAAAAUUGUUUUAGCAAGAAUUCCUAUAUAUGUUGUAUAUAUAAUAGGUGUAUACAUAGGAAGAGGGAUGCAAGCUGGUUAUAAAAUAAUGAAUUGUACUUUGAGAUAUUUUCAAAAUUUAUCUUUCACAACAGUGCAUGGAUAUUUCAGAAAGAGCCCUAAUAUUACUGCUGUAAAACUAUUUUAAGACAACGUUCACACCUCUCACACUGUGCCCCUUUACAUUUUAUUAACAUUAAUAAAGUGAUCUAGAUAAUUGGAGGCAUUUAAAUGGCCAAUAAGGCCACAGUGCUGAAAUUGAUUAUUACCUCAUGGGUUUGGACCUAGCUAGCCACACUACUCUCCCUUAAAUUACGUUAAUAACUUGCCUCCAAAGAGUGGCGUUGUACAGGAAUGCCUGCCUCUCUCAGGUCUUUGAAGGCAUGUGAUCUUGGGUCUCGUACAUUCAGGGCAUAUUGAACCCAAUAAUGAGUGGUUGCUUAAUUAGUCAUUUGGCUAGUGAUCAGAAAUGAGACCAAAUAAAUUUAACAGCAGAUUCUAAACUCUCAGCUGCAGCAUGCAUCUCUAGAUCCUGCAGAUCAGAAUCUGUGCAUAGAGUAUUUCUUAGCUUGAGGAUCAGGAAAGGAGGGUUUUCCCCCAUCUGAUCCAAGGAUAGAUGUUUACCCACAGUGAUUAAAAGGUAUUUAUGCCUCUAGUUUAGCUCUGUGAAAUGUGCCAUUUUCCUUCCAUGUUAAGAUAUUAAUUUAGAAAAGCCCCUUUUAAAUUUACUGUAACUUUAAAAAUGCUGUUUACACACAAUGCCAUGGGGUAGCUCCCCCACAUAUUAAGACAGUUCAGGUAACUCAGUGUUCCAAUGUCUAAUAAAUACUUGCUGGUUUUUGUUUUAUUUUAGCUAAAUGAGUUUUCUUUCUGGUCAGAUGUUCUUGAUAUUUCAUCUAAAAUGUCAUGUUGCAUAUUUUGCGUAUGAUCAAUUUCAUAAAAUAUUUUAAAGUAUCUCGCACUACAUAUGGUGUGAAAAAGCUGCAUGUAUCGUAAGUAACAUUUGCGUAAUGCCUUUGUUCCAAGGGUUUAAUAUAAAGAGGGAAACGUGAAAACUGUUUAUCUGUUCUCCACCAGUAUGUCCAAGCUAAAUACUAUUCUUAUAUGAUCAAAGCUGUAAUACUUGAUUUGCAAUUUCCAACAAGUGGUUUUUCAAUUAAAAAGUCACUUAUCAGUGGAAAACCUGAGUUUGCUUUGUUUCUACUAA